GCCCCGGUAAAAUUACAGGUUGACCGACUACAAUCCUGCCGAUUAUAACGGAGUGAUGUACAUAUACUCACCCGGACCCAGCGGUGACUGCAGCGGCCAAGUGAUGGAUGUCCCGCAACAGCAUCAGCAACAGCAGCAAAACAACCAUCACCUCGUCCAGCUACAGCAGCAACAAUUACAGCUGCAACUGCAACAACUGCAACAGCAGCAACAGCAACAGCAACAGAUAUCUCCGCCGGCUAGCCCACCGGACGACAGCGACGACGGGAACGCCAUCGUGGAUUCCAAGUUCUUGGUGCGUCAGUUGAUGGCCUCUACGACAACGACGGCGACGGCGUCACCGGCGACGCUCUUGUCAGCGACCAACGCGGCUCCUGCGGCCCUCGCCGGCGGCCACCCACACAAACAACCGACGCCAGCGGCAGCAACCGCGGCCGCUGUUUCCGCGGCAUACACGGCGGCCAUGAUGACGCCUCCGUCGUCACCGCCUGAAGAUGGUGUAAAAAUGGUGGCGAAGCCGACCGCCGGUGGCCAACGAUCGUCGAGGCGGACGGGAGGCGUCGGCGACCGGCGGCCGCAACGCGCUAAAAAGACGUCGGCCAACCACUCGUGUGGUCACCCGGGAUGCGGAAAGACUUACACAAAGAGCUCGCACCUCAAGGCGCACCUGCGCACGCACACGGGUGAAAAACCGUACCAGUGCUAUUGGAACGGGUGCGGUUGGAAGUUCGCCCGGUCCGAUGAGCUGACCCGGCACUUCCGCAAGCACACCGGCGACCGGCCGUUCAAGUGCAGGCUGUGCGACCGCGCAUUCUCCAGGUCCGAYCACCUGUCGCUGCACAUGAAACGGCACAACGUCUAGUAGGGGACGUGCCUAAAUGAAAUCGGAAUAAACAACUGACCAUCGAUUUUUUUUUUUUUUUUUGCAAAUUUUACCCACAGCAGAAAAACAAUUUAUUUUUACCACGACUGUCGUUAUACCAGUGUAGUAUAUCGCACGUUGUUUCUUAUUUUUUUUUUUUGAUUUUCUUCGUUAUUGUGUGCCAUGCAAUUAUAAUGCGUUCCCAUAAUACAUAUUAUACCUGUACACAACUCUUGUACACUACAAUAGCCGUAACUAUAUUGUAUUACAUGAUAAUAAUAACAAUUAUUAUUAUUAUGUUUUACAUAAUAUAUAUAUAUUAUACAUAAUUUUUUUUUUAUAUUCUUAUUUAGCAGUAGUAAUAAUACAAUAUGGUAUGAUAGAGUAGGUAGGUAGUGUUAUUACUUACGCGUAGGUGGUAAUAAUAAUAAUAUUAUACACCGUUGUAAUGAACUUGUACAUUUCUUUUUCCAUCAUUMUUUUAUUGCCCGGCUGGUCUGACGACGGUGCCCACUCGUAAACAGUGUAUGAUAUUAAACAUUAUAUUAAUAAUAAUAAUAGGGGCCGGAGGAGAAGUAUUGGCAACAUAGUUCCUUCUCCGGUCCUCGAUACCAUAGAAAAAAAAAAAUAAUAAUAAUAAUAAUUGUAAAACGUGUUCAAACGUUGCAUCCGCGAUUACAUGUAAAAUACGAUCCGGACGCGCGUGAUGUGUCGUCGGCUGUAUAUUAUUAUUAGGUACUAUAUCGAGUGAGACGACGUCUAUAAAGUCAUGCGGUGCGGACGGGUCCGUGUCCAAAGUCUUUGGCAUUAUAGUGAACGGGUCAAUCGGUGUCUCGUCGUGGAAAACCUACUCCGGGAAAAUCCAUCUACUACCACGCACGUUAUUUUCCGCACCGAAUUUAAUUUGUUUCGCGAAAACGUAUCGUACACCGAUCGUCGUUAUUUUUGUCCAGUGUUUAUAUUUUUUAGGGUUCGACGCUAAUGUGGCGGAUGUCCUCGUUCCGCCCUCCAACCGGUACCCUAAYCGCAAGUCGCAUCACUUUCCUCGCUAUUUAUCACGACAACAUUACGUUUAAACAAGAAAAUCGCUCGUAACACAAUAUAUAUAUAUCACAAUAUUUAACAAGAUUAUUCGAAAAACGUUUAAAUUUAUUAUUUCUGCACUAGCACGGCGUGGUGUUCCUCUACCAAAACCACGAGCCUAACCUCAGCUACUUUACAAGGUUUAGGCGUCGCACGCUAAUCGAGUUUUUUUUUUWWAAAUCCGUCGUCACCAAAYGGUGUAUAAURUGCUCUCUUUAWCCACUCUGUAUAUAAUAAUAWAGAAAYCACCAGAUGAUCUCUCUUCGCCGGAAGAAUGCCACAUAAAUGUUAUGAUUUCGCGCAAUCGCUGUCGUUUUUAUAUACCGUUUGUCGUGUUCUUGAAAAACCAUUUCGAAUUUCACGCCGUUGCUUAUUGCUAUUAUCAUUAGCCACACUCGCGUGUUUAAUCCCCUCGGCGUCUCCAGACACGUGUCUACGUCUUAAUACCUAUACGUAGAUUUAUUAUUUUUCAUCAAAAUUUCACGCCAUCGUUCUCAUAUAUAUAUAUAUAUAUGUAUUCAUAAUCCAACGGUUUUUAUCCUCACCGACUCAAGUUCGAAUUCUGACACGUCUUAGGCCCAAGGAUAUAGCGUCUUCGAUARAUAUCUGGACCAAAAACAUUAAAAUACACCACAUACAAUGUUGUAAUUUUAUAAAUAUUUAACAUUUUAAUAUUGAUUUCCAUUUGGAUGUAAUAAUAGGUAUUUUUUUCCCCAAAAAAAUUAAAAAACGUUUAUUCGUUUGUUUUCCAAAAGACCUUAUUCUGUUUUGCCCGAGACCUAUAUUUUAUAAUAUUUUACAAUAUACACGCUGCUUGGAGAGAUAUUUUUCCAUUUUCCACACACAAUAAUAUUAUUCCCUACAACGGUCUGCGAUGACCUGCAACGCAAACCUAUCCAAGUAUCGUAAACACAGCAAACACACGCUUGAGCUACACUCCCUUCGAACCCSUCAAACGCAACACUGUUCUGUACGAUCACAGGCGACGAUAACAACCGCUAAACCAUCGACGUGUCUCGGAAAAAAUUACUCCUCUCUUAGCGACAUUUAUUCGACCGUCGUCGUCGUUUUCUGCAGUCGACUAGGAAUUCUCAAUCCACUAUUCUAUUGAAACAUCGACUAUAAUCGAGAGUUAAC